UCAAUAAAGUUGGAAUUGAAGCCAAAAUGGCGACGUGCAUGUUGUCGUCAAAGAUGUCGCCCUUGGUGUCACCCAUCAUUAGAUUUCUACUGAAAGAUCAAUACUAUUCCUCGCAAACGAUAUGUAACGGUGUGACUAACAUUUCCAGACGAGGCUACUCGACGGAUGCUCUCCCCCAGCCGGCUGCAGAAGACAGCAAUGCUGCCGCAGCGUACAGCGGACCAAUGGAGCACUACAACAGUCUGGUCAGGGAUGAGUCGCUGCAAGAGGACCCGCAUCAAAAAGCCGUGGUUCAGACCUUGGAUAAAAUGCACAAAACCCUAAGAGGUUACAACAACCAGCCUACGUCCCUCUUCUCUAAAUUUUUCUCUAAACCAAAGCCCCCAAAAGGGUACUACAUCUAUGGAGAUGUUGGCACAGGGAAAACGAUGGUUAUGGACAUGUUCUACUCAUACGUGGAGACAGAGAAGAAAAAGAGGGUCCAUUUCCACGGCUUCAUGUUAGAUGUACAUAAUAGGAUACAUCGCCUUAAAAAGAGCCUGCCAAAAAGGAAAGCUGGGAGGAUGGCUAAAGUCUAUGACCCGAUUGCGCCAAUAGCAGAGGAGAUCAGUGAAGAGGCCUGUCUGUUGUGCUUUGAUGAGUUUCAGGUGACAGACAUUGCAGAUGCCAUGAUUCUGAAACAGCUCUUUGAAAACCUCUUUAAGAAUGGGGUUGUUGUAGUGGCCACGUCCAACCGGCCCCCAGAGGAUUUGUACAAGAACGGACUACAGAGGGUCAACUUUGUGCCAUUUAUUGCUGUGUUGAAGAACUAUUGCCAAGAGCUUCGUCUGGACUCUGGGAUAGACUACCGCAGAAGAAACAGACCCUCAGCUGGGAAACUGUACUUCCUCUCAAGUGAACCUUGUGUUGAGGCAAUACUGGACAAGAUGUUUGACGAGCUGGCCUUCAAACAGAACGACAUAACACGGCCAAGGACUCUGAAACUGCUAGCCAGGGAGGUCAGUCUUAUGAAAACCUGUGGGACCAUAGCAGACUGUACCUUCGAGGAGCUGUGUGAUAGACCAUUGGGUGCCAGUGACUACUUGGAGAUCUCCAGGCAGUUUGAUACUGUAUUCAUCAGGAACAUUCCCCUGCUCACUAUGAACAAGAAGACUCAAGCGAGACGCUUGAUCACGCUUAUAGAUGCCUUCUAUGACCACAAGGUACGAGUGGUGAUUCUGGCCGAUCACCCUCUGGAUGACAUCUUUGUACACGACGGAGAUCACGAACACCACCAUCAUGAACUCAUGGAUGAUCUCAACCUAAAAAAGGAUGCAGCCAGUGAGUUGUCUAUCUUCAGUGGAGCAGAGGAGAUCUUUGCCUUCCAAAGGACAGUGUCUCGCCUCACUGAGAUGCAGACUGAAGAGUACUGGCUGCAAGGGGACAGGAGCACCAUCACCACGUAGCUGUACAGGACCCCUCGUCAACCCUCUAAACCCUUCACUUCCUGCAAGGACAGUGAAAACCACCUCACCAGUACAGACUAUCAGUUAAUUUGACGGGAUCAGUUUGAGCACUUGACGGGAUCAGUGCGAGGCGCAGAAUCACUAAUCAUGAUCACAUAUAAUAAGUGUGGUGAUUUGUAGAUCAGUGAUUCUACGCCGUCCGACUGCAAAGUAGUCCGUCUCAAACAUGCACAUACACUCCCGCGACCGGGAGGUCCGUGGGGCGGCGCACAAUUGGGCUAGCGUCGUCCGGGUUAGGGAGGGUUUGGCCGGUAGGGAUUUCCUUGUCUCAUCGCGCUCCAGCGACUCCUGUGGCGGGCCGGGCGCAGUGCGCGCUAACCAAGGGGGCCAGGUGCACGGUGUUUCCUCCGACACGUUGGUGCGGCUGGCUUCCGGGUUGGAGGCGCGCUGUGUUAAAGAAGCAGUGCGGCUUGGUUGGGUUGUGCUUCGGAGGACGCAUGGCUUUCGACCUUUGUCUCUCCCGAGCCCGUACGGGAGUUGUAGCGAUGAGACAAGAUAGUAAUUACUAGCGAUUGGAUACCACGAAAAUUGGGGAGAAAAGGGGAUAAAAAUAAAAUAAAAUAAAUAUAAAAAAACAUGCACAUACACUACCACGAGGGACUCCAAACAAUGUAAUAUAUUUAUUAUACUAAGGAAGUAUGACUUCAAGCCUUUCUGAUUUUACUUUGCCAUUGCACUUUACAAACUGACCAUAUUGUACAGAAUAUUUUAAGUUAAACCUUUUAUCUGUGGAGUUCUUUCUAUACUGUACACAUACGGUAGAUAGGGUAAAUUGUAUGAAUGGCGUUUGCAAAAAAGUUCAAUGAAAUCCACUUAUACAAAUGGAACUACUGGUUCAAGGUACAUUUGUUUAUUUUAUUGAUAUCUUAUGAUGAAAAGGAUUGUCUAUUUUAAUAAGUGAUGGACUGUAUUAUUUUAUUGAGAAGAUCAUAGAGCGAUGACUACAGUAUGGUUCAUACUGAUGUAUGUAAGACUGCUUGUCUCUGAUGUUGAAAGCAACAUCCUGCCUUCGUCAUGGUUUUGAAGUUUUAUUUAGCAAACAAAUGACUGUAACCUGAGUGCCAGCCUAUGCUGUGCUGUGCUGUCAUGCCACCUCUUUGUCACUCAUUGUCAUGUCAAAUAAUUGGAGUGGGAAUGAGUACAAACAUCUAGGAUCAGGCUAGGAAACACAGAUUACUGGGCACAAUUGUGUAGUUUGACAUGACAUACACUUUAUGACCAGAAGUAUGUGGACAUCUGCUCGUCAAACAUCUCAUUCCAAAAUCAUGAGCAUUAAUAUGGAGGUGGUCUUCCCCUUUGAUGCAUUAACAGCCUCCACUCUUCUAGUAAGGCUUUCCACUAGAUGUUGGAAGAUUGCUGAAGGGACUUGCUUCCAUUUAGCCGCAAGAGCAUUAGUGAGGUUGGGCACUGAUGUUGGGCGAUUAGGCCUGGCUCGCAGUUGGUGUUCCAAUUCAUCCCAAAGGUGUUAGAUGGGGUUGAGGUCAGGGCUCUGUGUAGGCUAGUCAAGUUCUUCCACACAGAUCUCGAACAAACCAUUUCUGUAUGGAACUCGCUUUAUGCACGGGGGCAUUGUCAUGCUGAAACAGGAAAGGCCCUUCCCAUAACUGUUAUCACAAAGUUGGAAGCACAGAAGAGUCUAGAAUGCUGUAGCGUUAAGAUUUCCCUUCACUGGAACAAAUGGACCUAGCCCGUACCAUGAAAAACAGCCCCUGACCAUUAUUCCUCCUCCACCAAACUUUACAGUUGGCACUAUAGAUUCGGGCAGGUUGCGUUUUCCUGGCAUCUGCCAAACCCAGAUUAGUUCGUCGGACUGCCAGAUGGUGAAGCGUGAUUCAUCACUCCAGAAAACGCGUUUCCACUGGUGGUGAGCUUUAAGCCACUCCAGCCGACGUUGAUCUUAGGCUUGUGUACGGCCCAUUUCAUGAAGCCCCCGACUAACAGUUAUUGUGCUGACGUUGCGUCCAGAGGCAGUUUAGAACUCGGUAGAGUGUUGCAACCGAGGACAUAUUCACUUCAGCACCCGGCAGUCCCGUUCUAAUGGCUUUUAUGGCCUACCACUUUGCGUCUCAGCCGUUGUUGCUCCUAGACGUUUCCACUUCACAAUAACAGGUAUUGUAGAUAUUUGAUCGUAGAGUCGUGGCCUGAGGGAACACCUAAUGUGUUAUGAAAUUUUAUGUAAUAUUUAAAAUUGCGUAUGACCCCAGGAAGAGUAUGGGGAUCCUUAAUAAAUACAAACAGCACUUAUAGUUGACCGGGGCAGCUCUAACAGGGCAGAAAUGUGAAAAACUGACUUGUUGGAAAGGUGGCAUUCUAUGUGCUACGUUGAAAGUCACUGUGCUCUUCAGUAAGACCAUUCUACUGCCAAUGUUUGUCUAUGGAGAUUGCAUGGCUGUGUGCCCGAUUUUAUACACCUGUCAGCAACGGGUGUGGCUGAAAUAGCCGAAUCCAUUCAUUUGAAGGGGUGUCCACAUACUUUUCUAUAUAUAGUGUAUCUUUACUCUGUAGUACCAUGUGUCAUUUUGCCCUCCAUGAUCAAAAUAGUAUUAUAAUUAUUAUUUGAAAUACCAAGUAAGUACCUUUUGUAAUUAUGCAGAAUUAUUGUAUUAAAUGUCUUGGUAUGUUGCCUUUACUUGAAA